UCUUCCACAUAUGUACCAGUGGUACCGCAUCUGUCUGAUGCGGCCAUCAUACUCACUAGCAUCAUCAAAGCUCAGAGCAGAAGCUAGAUCCAAGUGUUGUGAAGAGCAGGGUCGUCCCAAUCACCACCUCGAAAUCCAAACUCGAGGUAAAAUGCCGUGUUCACCGUUCAUCUACUCAUGGAACUGCCGUAGACCGCUCAAAUCAAUUGCUUCCCCCUACCCAAGAUGUUCUCAAAUGCCCGGGGCCUUGGACUGAAGACAACUAAAGAUAGCUCGGUAGGGCCGGCAAGCUGGCGGUGACGUGGGCGGGGCAGUGUCGGCGUCUGACAAGCAUGUCGACCGAGUUGCUCAAACCGACGUGACUUUUGUUCUCAUCACAAUACUCAGAUACACACAAAAUGGCACCUCCAGCAAUCAUCGCACCUUCAAUCCUCUCGGCCGACUUUGGCGCUCUGGGCAAGGCAUGCUCAGACACCAUCGGUCAUGGCGCUGACUGGCUCCACGUCGAUAUUAUGGACGGUCACUUUGUGCCCAACAUGACCUUUGGCGCUCCCGUUGUUACCAUGAUCCGUCCUCAUGUCGAAAAGCCUACCGAGUCCUUUGGCAAGGGUACUUUCGACUGCCAUAUGAUGAUCGCCGAGCCCAAGAAGUGGGUCAAGGAGUUCAAGAACGCAGGUUGCGAUCUGUACUGCUUCCACUACGAAGCUGCUGUCGAUUCCACCGCCGCCGAGGAACCUUCAGCCACGUCGGAGAAGAAGACUAGCCCGAAAGAGCUCAUCAAAUACAUCCACGACCAAGGUCUGAGAGCUGGAAUUGCUCUCAAGCCCGGUACUCCCGUCGAUGUUCUUUACGAUAUUCUGGACAGCAAGACUCAGGACGAGGUUCCCGAUAUGGUUCUUAUCAUGACCGUCGAGCCCGGCUUCGGUGGCCAGAAGUUCAUGCCCGAAAUGAUGCCCAAGGUCGAGGCCCUCCGCAAGCGCUACCCCGAGCUUAACAUCGAGGUCGACGGUGGUCUGUCCGAGAAGACUAUUGAUGUCGCUGCCGAUGCCGGCGCAAAUGUCAUUGUCGCUGGAUCAGCUGUCUUCGGUGCCAAAGAUCCCUCAGAGGUCAUCGCCAAGCUAAGAGAAGCCAUUGAGAAGAGAAGAUGACUAUCUGCAAAAAUUUGAUACAAGAUUAGGCUGAGUUGGAAGCAAUAAUAGACUUGUUGAGACAUACGAUAUACACGACUUCUUUCCAUCGACACCCAGCGCUGACCGAGAACUAAGC